GCCUAUCUAUAUAAUCUCUCACCAAGUCAUAAAACAAUUUUCAAGAGAGUUCCAUUACUUAAUUUUCUUUGAUUUUUACAUAUUUGUUUUGCUCACGGUGAUACAGAUAAUGCAGACCGGUCAGAUGCUCUCGAUCUCUCCGAGCUUCAAUAGCUACUCCAAUAGUAAAAUCGUUGAAAUUGCAGAUCGGGUGGUUGAAGAAUUCAAUGGAGAAGAGUUCAAUUCUGAAGAAUUAUGUGAAGAACUUUAUCAAAAAACUGAAGAAGAAAAUGAAGCUGAUUCGAAAAAUGACGUUGAUGAAGAAUUUGAGUUCGCAUUUGUGACCAGUGAUUCUGAAUUUUCGUCUUCAAUUUCGGCUGAUGAAAUCUUCUACAACGGUCAGAUCCGACCCGUCUUCCCCAUUUUCAAUAGAGGUUUAUGGAUCGGAAAUUCGGAUUCUUCGUCUAAGGCUCCGAUUAGUCUUCCAUUAAGGAAGCUUUUCAUUCAGAGUGAAAAGACGUCUUCUUCGCCAUCGGAGGUGGAUGAUCUCGACGGAGUUCCGGCGGAAACCUACUGCACGUGGAGGCCAAAGUCGGGGGAAGCGGAAGGGCGGUGCAAGAAGAGCAACUCCACUGGCUCCACUAAGAGGUGCAAGUUUAAAAACCUUUUGAACAGGAGCCACAGUGAUGGCGAUCAGGGUACUCUAGACAUUUUAACUCCGAGCAAACAAAAGGAAAAUGAGAAAAUUAAAAAGAGCUUAGAAACGCCGGUUCUCGGUGGGGGAAAAGCGAAAGCAGAAGCGCUAAACGAUAGAAACGGCGGAGAUCGGCCGAAGUCGUACCUGCCAUACAGAAAAGAUCUAGUGGGGUUCUUCUUAUGAUUUUUUUUUUUCUUUUUGUUUUUUUCACUUUCUGUGAUUAAAAUAUUAAAUUGUUGUUCAAUUUGAUCAGGUAUGAGUUUGAUUUUCUUUUUGAUAAAUUAUUUUAGUAU